CACACCCACAGACAUCAGCACAGUACAACCACAAUGUCAUCCAUCGACAACGAAACCCUGAGCAAGAUCGACACGCAGGCGGCCUCUUCGGCUGCCGUCGAGUCGUCCCCGCUUUCGCCGCACCACCAGGAGGAGAAGGAACGGCUGGAGCGACUCCUCCAGAACCGUAGCGAGGCAAAGGAGCUUGAGGACAAGAAUAUCCUGAAACCGGGCAACGUGGCUCCCUCGCUGCAGGCCGCUCGGGCUGAGCUGGAGAAGCGCAAGCUCGAGGACAAGCUCGAAGGUCGCCUGGAGCGUCGCCCAGAGAAGGAGGAUCUCGAAAGAAGGGGUAUCCUCAAGGACCAAACGGUCGCGCCCGCCCUGCAGGGCAAGCUUACGGAGCUGGAGAGGAGCCAGAUGGCCGACAAGCUGGGCAAGGAGUUUGCCUCGCGGCCAGACGUAGACGAGCUGAAAGCCAAAGGGAUCCUCAAGGGCGAGUGAAGCGAUAGAAGAAUCCAGAAAGCGACCGUUCCACAUUGUUUCUUCUUUUGUUCGGUUUACGUUGUGGGCUCCAGCUUGAGAACUAGGACCGCUUACCCUUCGACCAUGAUGCGACCGUAAUGAGCGAAAGAGGGUGUUUGCGUUUAGAUGAUGAC